GAGGACGUGUGCAGAUCUCUUCCGCCUGCUGCCGUUCAUAGUGUUUGUGAUCGUCCCCUUCAUGGAGUUUCUGCUGCCUGUCUUUCUGAAGCUCUUCCCUGAAAUGUUACCUUCUACCUUCGAGUCAGAAUCCAAAAAGGAGGAAAAGAUGAAGAAGAAACUCGGCGCCAAACUGGAAAUGGCCAAGUUCCUUCAGGAGACGAUCUCGGAGAUGGCACGGAGGAACAAGGCCGAGACCGGAGGAGACGGACAGCAGCAGUUCUCAUCUUAUGUUCAGCAGGUCCGGGUCACCGGCGCUCAGCCCUCCACACAGGAAAUUGUGCGAUUCUCCAAGCUGUUCGAGGACGAGCUGACUCUGGAGCACCUGGAAAGGUCUCAGCUGGCAGCUCUGUGCCGCUUACUUGAACUGCCACCAAUUGGCACCAAUAACUUACUACGGUUCCAGCUGCUUAUGACGCUCCGGUCCAUACGAGCAGAUGAUGAGAUGAUAUCAAAGGAAGGGGUGGACGUUCUGACCGUGGCUGAGCUUCAGGGAGCCAGCAGGACCCGAGGGAUGCGCUCAUUAGGCCUGACAGAGGAACAGCUCAAAGAUCAGAUGAAGCAGUGGUUGGAACUGCAUCUGAAGGAGAACGUUCCCCCAUCUCUCCUACUCCUGUCACGAGCACUUUAUCUGACAGAUAUAAAACCCAAACCCAUCCUACCCCCCAUGCCGACUGUAGAGGUACCAAAGACAACAGCAACCCAAACACAGCCUACAGAUGAUAAAGAUACACUAACAGACCCAGCUCCGGUAUUACAAGGCAUUCAGGAUGAAGAUAUCGCCUCCAAAUCUGUUGCACAUGACUCCGCCCUGCCAGCAAAGGAAGGUGCAAAAGCCAGUGCCAAUGGGGUGUAAUACGGACAG